GCCUGGUUGAAACAGUAGCGCGCAUGCGCAGCGCUGCAGACCUCGACUAAAUUAAGGUCUUUGUUGAGACUAAUAUACAUUAUACAAAUCUUGCUCGAGCUUUUCAGAUAUCUCAUGGAUAUUUGGUGAAAAGACAACCAUGUUACAUACAGUGGCGAGCCUGGUGUAACCACGAACGAAGGAGAGGAUGUUAGCAGAGCUGACAACAUCGGAUGUACACAAACAAACCCAUCGCUAGCGUUUUAAGGUAACGUCAGUAUUUUUUUUUUUUUAGCGUAGCUCGAUUUUAUUUAUUUACCAGAUACGACAAGCCGACAUGGGAAACUUUCAUGAUUAAAAGGAGUAGAUCUCUUCACCUCCAGGAUAUCAUGAAAAAGGAGAGGAGUAUUUAUUUGGAAAGGCUGCCCAUGGCACGCAGAAGUGGGGUUCAACUUUCCAACAGCCUCGUCCAGACGGAGGAGAAGAGGGAAGCAGAAAGAGGAUAUUUGUGGGCCAGCUUUAUUUCACAUAAAUAGUCAAUCUGCAAUAUUUGGGAUCAGGCGGGAGAUGGAGACCGUUGGGAAAUUCGAGUUCAGUAGGAAGGACCUUGUAGGACACGGUGCCUUCGCUGUGGUAUUUAAAGGCAGACAUCGAGAGAAGCAUGAUUGGGAAGUUGCAGUCAAAUGCAUAAACAAGAAGAACUUGGCCAAAUCUCAGACUCUUCUGGGGAAGGAGAUCAAGAUAUUAAAGGAACUGAAACAUGAGAACAUUGUUGCAUUGCAUGACUUCCAGGAAACUGCAAGCUCCGUGUACCUAGUGAUGGAGUACUGCAAUGGGGGAGAUCUAGCUGACUACUUGCACUCUAAGGGCACUUUAAGUGAAGACACCAUCCGAGUAUUCCUGCAGCAGAUCACAGGGGCCAUGAGGGUCCUUCAGGCCAAAGGGAUCAUCCACAGAGACCUGAAACCACAGAACAUCCUGUUGUCCCAUCCUGCAGGCCGAAAGUCCCACUCCAACAACACCUGCAUUAAGAUAGCUGACUUUGGCUUCGCACGGUACCUCCAGAACAACAUGAUGGCCGCCACACUCUGUGGGUCCCCCAUGUACAUGGCACCUGAGGUUAUCAUGUCACAGAACUACGACGCCAAGGCUGACCUGUGGAGUAUAGGGACCAUUGUGUUUCAGUGCCUGACUGGGAAGGCUCCAUUUCAGGCCAGCAGUCCCCAGGACCUCCGAUUGUUUUAUGAGAAAAAUAAAACUCUUAGCCCGAACAUUCCCAGAGAAACUUCCAGCCAUCUCAGACAGCUGCUGCUUGGCCUCCUGCAGAGAAAUCAUAAGGACCGUAUGGACUUUGAUGAAUUUUUCAGACACCCUUUCUUGGAGGCAAGCUCCUCUAUGAAGAAGUCUGCUCCAGUGACUGUGACUUGCUUUCCCAACUCGGCCUCUGCAAGCUCAUGCAGCAGUUCAUCAACUUCACACCUGGCCUCUCCUCCUCAAUCCCUUGCAGAGAUCCAGCAGGUCCGUGCAAAGGCAUUAGCGUCCCCUACCCAGGAUUCUCCAGGAUACCUGCUGAAGGACUCUGGAGGUGGCGGAGGUGGCAGCAGUAGCAAGAACUCGUCCUGUGACACUGAUGAUUUUGUCAUGGUUCCAGCUCAUUUCCCCAGUGAGCUUACUUGUGACAUGCCAACAGGAAAGGUUCUCCAAGACAGUUUGAUGUAUUGUGGGAGUUCUCUUCUGGCAUCUGGAGGUCAGUGCAGUCAAGGAAAAACCCCGCCACGCUCUCCCUCCUACAGCAGUACCCCAGGACCUAGUGGCAGGCCGAGUGAGUUUUCUGGGAGUAACUUCGGCAACCAUGGGCAGUCUGUACCCAUUCCAGUCCCCACACAGAUUCACAACUACCAGCGCAUGGAGCAAAACCUCCAGUUCCCAGGUCAAGAGGGCUCUCCACAGUCUGGCACGGUCCAGAGGUGUGGUAGCGGGAGUUUUCUGGCCUGUGGAAGGACCGGGCCUUCUCCUCCUCAGUCUGGUUCUGCUCUCACUUCCCGCAGGCUGUCUACAGGAGGCACAAAACCCUUCCAGCUCUCUCCACAGGUGGGCACAAUUCCUGAGUUGCCAGGCCAAGUUUGCCCAGUGAGUGCAGAAACGAGUCACAGGGGCUCUCGGGGUGGAGAAACCAAGGCUCGGCCACAGCAGCAGGGUCUGGGCACUCGGCUCAACAGCGCCCCCUGUUUGCUGGAGGCGGCUGGUGGGUGCAGACAGAAGAUCAGAAAGCAGCAUUCAGACCCAGUGGUGGCCCCUCAGGGAAACGUGAUGCCCUGUAGGACCCUGCACUCCUCACCCAGGCUCAGUGAACUUAUGCAACGCAACCCCCUACCAACCAUCCUGGGUUCUCCUUCCAGAGCCAUGCCACCAUUUGAGUUUCCCAGGCCCCCAAGUUCCCCAAACAUGGUCACAUUUCUGACCCACCAGGGCCUCAGACCAGCUCAGGGAGAGGCUAGUUACCAGCCUGAAGAGAAGAAAGGCUUUGGGAGGUCUCAGAGUGUAGGCCGCCUAUCUGAUGUGUUGCUGAUGGCGGCGUUUGGGGGGCAGAGAGGAGAACGAGGCAGCAUGGACAAUCUCAAUUCUGACAGAGCCAUAGACAUCACAGCACCACCUGGUGGUGGAGGCUUCGUGGUGGGCUCGGGUAGCCCUGCUCGAGUGGUGUUCACCGUGGGUUCUCCUCCCAGUGGAGGAACACCUCCUCAGAGUUGUCGCUCAAGGAAGUUCUCAGCAGGCUCUUCAAGCUCCAUUAGUCCAGUAGGGUCGCUCACCAGCCGCUACCCACAAACAGGCAUUUGCAUGGACGGCUAUGAGGGGUCCUCAAGUCCCCGCUAUGGUUUCACUGAUCCCAUCUCAGCAGUGACUUUUGAAGCCCCUGAACUACCAGAGGAGACCCUAAUGGAGCAAGAACACACAGAGACUCUGCGCAGGCUUCGGUUCAUGCUGGACUUCGCCCGCUGUGUGGUGGAGGUGGCAGGAGCCCGGGGUGGAGAGGCUGCCCAGGCCGACCUCUCUUCCACCAGCCUGCUCCAGCAGCAGAGCUUGGUUGCCGACCAGAUCAGCUCUCUGAGUCGAGAGUGGAGUUAUGCAGAACAGUUGGUGCUUUACAUGAAGAUCGCAGAGCUUCUGUCAUCUUCAUUACACACAGCCAUGGAAGGCAUCAAGCAGGGAAAACUCUACCCCUCAACCACCGUCAAACAAGUGGUCAGAAGGCUGAAUGACUUGUAUAAGUCCAGUGUGAUGUCCUGCCGUUCUCUGAGUGCUCAACUGGAGCGAUUCUUCUCCCGUAAACACAAACUCAUGGACCACAUCAACAGCAUCACCGCAGAGAAGCUCCUCUUUAGCCACUCGGUACAGAUGGUACAGGCGGCUGCUCUAGAUGAGAUGUUUCAUCAGGGAGAAGUAUCGGUUCAGCGUUACCAUAAGGCCUUGCUGCUCAUGGAGGGUCUGUGUCUCCUCCUCACAGAACAGGCUGACAUCCUCAGCAUUAACAAGUGUAAGCAAUGCAUCGAACGCCGUCUUGCCGCCUUGCAGUCGGGUCUCUGUGUGUAAAGCCUCUCCACCACGCUGCCGUUACACCGCCAAGAUUCCCGUUCCUCCCUUGAGCAGCUUUCUCCAUCUUUUUCGUCUCCAGCUUUCUAAAGCGCAGUGGAGGAGAGAACGGCCCUCUUAUUGGACCAAGUUAUUGACAGCUGAUGACGUAAUAGUGGAGAGAUGCAAAGUUGUGUUGCCACUUUACAAAGUCGUAGGCACAGAAGGACAGAAUAAUACCUGUGUCUGUAAUCAAGAUGAAACCUGUUUCCACAAUUAUUCUCUCACCGAGUUUAAAGUGUAGUAGAAACAUGUUUCUCUGUGCACAUGCUGGCUCAAAUAGGCUUGGUUGCACGUUAUAAAUGGGUUGUGCAAUCUGAAUUAAUCGUAGAUGACGUUUAUCCAUCUCAGAACAUCAGUUUCUUAUUUUUUCCUUAGUUUGUAGUCAGAGAUCUGCACAUUCACUACGUAAGCUAGCAGAGAGACAUUAGGAAACACUUUUAAGAUUAUUACUAGUGAUUUAAUAGUGCAUUUAGGCAUGAUUUGAAGUUGAAGUCAUUUUGGUUGGUUGGUUACAUAAGAGGCCCAAGUACUCCCUCACUGGGGAGAUUAAUCAGAAAUUCAGUGACCAAAUUACAAGCCAUUCAAAAACAAUAAAAGUAAUGUUGCCAGUUAUUUAAAAGACAUUCUCAUUGUUUCACUGGAAGCAACUGUAUAAAGCCAGCGAUAUCAUUUGUAGCACUUUAAUGAAUGUUUACCAAGAAAGACCAUGUGCGAUCCCUUUUUUCUCCUUUAAAAUGUCUAGGAAAUGAAUACUGUGUGCGGUGUUUAGACAUCUCUUACGACCUGUUCAGUUCCUUCUGUUUAAAAUAGCUAUUAUUGUGUUUGGCAAUCAUUUGUCUGAAUGUAGUUUGGCUUUUUUAAGUUAGUCACAUUAGGGCAAGACAUAAAGUUCCUGUGCCACCACAGAGAAUUUUAGCUAUUAUUUGGUCCAAAUAUUAUGCCAAAAAAAGGUCUUUAGUAGUGCAUUUCCUAGUUUAGAUAACGGUGGUAUUACUGUUGGCCCGCUCAAUAUUAGGUUGGCAUUGUUGUUGGCAUCAAAAAUGACAGAAUUGAAAAGGAACUCUUGAUUAUACCUCUUAUUGGAAUCAUAUGUGUGCCCUGAUGACCAGUCCUGCUCCUGAUUUCCAUCUAGAUUAAACUGAGAAUUUAAUGCCCAUUUUUAGUGUUUGUUCUAAGGACAGAAUGUACUUCCUUUUGGGUCGUGCAUGCAUAGUUGUUCAUGUGAGCUGUGUAUAAUCUAAAGCAGGUAUAUAAAAGACAGGUCUUAAGAUAGUAGUCAAAUCUAGCUUGCACUGUUUGAGGACUUUUUUUUUUUUUUUUUUUUUUUAGGUAAGACAUUCAAAAUCAUGUGUGAUCACAUUUCCUUACUUUCUUUCUGUGUAGAGUUACACAUUGUGGUUUUUAGCCUUAUUUCGACUGUGUUGUAUAUGAACCGCGUGUUUAUGUGCUGAAUAUAUUUAAAACAUUUUUAAAAUGUGCCUUUGAAGAAAAAAGCAAAAACCUAAACACUGAAAAAAAAAAUAUUUUGCUCUGUUGAAUUUCCUUUCUUUUUGUACAUUGUCAGUAUGGAGUGAGUGAGUGUUUUGACUGGGUUGAGAUGCAGUGGGAUUGAUUAAGUUUUGCUUCACUUUUUUAUGUGCAUGUGAAUGUAUUUGUGUGUUCAGGUAUCGUACAUACUAGUUUGCUUUGAAUAAACUGAAGUGCGGUGUCAUGAUAGUGAGACUUAAGCUCCGGAGCUUCCAAAGGCCAGUUGCCAUCAGAGUAACAUGCAUUUUUCAUACCAGUUAAAUUGCAAUUUUAACACCUUUGUUAAAAUACUAAUAGAUUUUUUUUCUCUUUCUCUCUCUGUCUGGACAAUUUGAGGAUUAUGCUGUAUUACGAUAUAAAGUGAAGUGACAUUCAGCCAAGUAUGGUGACCCAUACUCAGAAUUUGUUUUCAUAUUUCAUAUUUUCCCCAUUCAGUGUAUUUGUUGUGCUUUUUUAACUGCAUAAAAUAAAAAUCCAUCAAAUGUUAAUCGUCGCCUAAAUGGCUAUCCACUGCAACACUUUAAAUCACUAUGUUUGGUCAUCUGACUUGAGCAUCACUUUAUCAUUGAUCUGCAGACACUAAAACUUGCAAUAUGUGAGCUCAGCAGUUCUGUAUCUGACGUCCUCAUAUUGUUCACCAGUAAUAAAGACACACAUCUGUUUUAUCUUGA